GAGCCCCUGCAGCCUCCACCUCUCACCCAUGGAGCUUCCCCGGGACCGUCCCGCCCAGCGGCAGUCGAAGAGCCUGACGACCCUCGUCCUCCAGGCGCUGGGGUUCUUUCCCGCCGUGUUUGGGGAAGUCGUGGGUGCCUUCUGCCGGUGCGGGGAGGUCCGUUCUCUCCGCUUCCUGCUUACAGCCUUGCUAUUCUUCAGUGUCUUCACCGCUGUAUGGGGUGCCCUUCUGUAUUUUGCCCCUGUCUGGGAUGAGGAAACCAAGGAGUUCCUGACUCUGAGUGAAUACCAUGAGAGAGUUCACUCCCAGGGCCUGCAGCUGCAACAACUCCAGGCUGAGCUUGACAAACUCCACACUGAUGUGUCCAGUAUCCGGGCGGCCAACAGUGAGAGGGUGGCCCAGCUCGUGUUCCAGAGACUGAAUGAAGAUUUUGUGCAAAAACCUGACUAUGCGCUGAGUUCCGUGGGGGCUUCCAUUGACCUAGACAAGACAUCACAUGACUAUGAGGACAGGGACACAGCUUAUUUCUGGAAUCGGUUCAGCUUCUGGAAUUAUGCCAAGCCCCCCACAGUCAUCCUGGAGCCCGAUGUCUUUCCUGGGAACUGCUGGGCCUUCCAGGGUGCUAAGGGCCAGGUAGUCAUUCGGCUGCCCGGCCGAGUUCAGCUAAGCGACAUCACCCUGCAGCACCCCCCACCGAGCGUGGCCCACAUUGGAGGUGCUAGCAGUGCCCCCAAGGAUUUUGCUGUAUAUGGCCUCCAGGGAGAUGACAAGACUGAAAUUCUCUUGGGAAAAUUCACCUUUGAUGUGGAGAAAUCUGAGAUUCAGACCUUCCAUCUGAAGAAUGAACCCCCCCUGGCCUUCCCAAAGGUGAAGAUACAGAUACUCAGCAACUGGGGACACCCACGUUUCACCUGCUUAUACCGGGUGCGGGCCCAUGGGCUUCGGAGUCACGAUAUGCAGAGAGAAGACAGCAGGACUAAGGGUGAACCUGUUACUAUUCCUCAUUAAACCACCUGCUAAAUUCCA